GACAAGAUUUGACGAUUGUAAGAAGCUCCUCAUACUCGUUAAGGGUUCUUAUUUUUUUUUUACUUCGAUGUUACUCAGUCAUUUUUAUCAAUUUUCCUCGUGUAUAUCAUUAAAUUGUGAGGAUUGUGAUUGAAUUAAACAGUGCAAAAUGCGUCUUUCAGAUGAAAAGUUGUCGCGAAAAAUAAUAAUGAGAAUUAUUUUAAUUGCUGGUGUUAUACUUUUCGCUAUCGUACUGUGCUUACUAAUAGUAAUGUCAAUUAUAAUGCAUGAAGAAGAAUCAAUUAUACUACAAAAACCAAAUAUUGUGGUCAUUUUGUCGGAUGAUCUAGGUUCUCAUGAUCUAAGCUUAAGAGGCAAUAAUCAAAUACUAACGCCGAACAUCGACGCCCUAGGCUAUCAGGGAAUUAUCUUACGACAUCAUUAUACAUCUGCAAUGUGUACACCUUCAAGAGCUGCCUUUUUAACUGGAAAAUAUCCUAUUCAUACCGGAAUGCAACAUUCUGUAAUACUACAGAGUGAACCCAGAGGUCUUCCUCUGAAUGAGAAAAUCCUCCCUGAAUACCUCAAAGAAGCUGGGUACAAGACACAUAUUGUAGGAAAGUGGCAUUUGGGAUUCGCAAGGAAAUCUUUUAUCCCAACACAUAGGGGCUUUGACUCUCAUGUGGGCUACUUAGGAUGUUACCUUGAUUACUUUGAUUGCACCUACAUGACCGAUUUCAGACCCAUUGCACCUGGUUUCGAUUUCCGGCACAAUGAAAGUCUGUACAGAGACAGAGUUGGAGAGUACUUACCAGACGUUUUAACUGACGAAGCGUCAAAAAUUAUCUUGAAUCAUAAUUCAACAGAAGGACCUAUGUUUCUUAUGAUGUCUCAAAUAGCUCCUCAUGCAGCAACUCCAAGGGAACCAUUUCAAACAAUUCCAGAAGAUUUUGAGAUGAUGGGACAUAUACAGAAUCCAAAGAGGAGAUCAUAUGCUGCAAUGGUCAGAGCACUAGACCGAUCGGUUGGACAGAUUGUAAAGGCUCUUGAGAAAAAAGAUAUUUUAGAAAAUACUAUCAUCCUGUUUUUCUCGGACAAUGGAGGUCCUACUAUUGGAAUACAUCACACUACCGCAUCUAACUACCCACUUAAAGGGCAAAAAGAUAGUCCAUGGGAAGGUGGACUUCGAGGGACAGCUCUCAUUUGGAGUCAUUUAUUGCGACAACGACACUACGUUUCUGACCAUUUAACCCAUAUUACUGAUUGGUUACCAACAUUUGCUCAUUUGGCUGGAGUUAUGCAUAGUAAAUCAGAAAAGCUCGAUGGCCACAACAUUUGGCCUACCCUUUCCAAUAACAAAUCUGCAACGCGAACAGAAAUCUUGCACAACAUUGAUCCUAUUAUUGGAUACUCCUCAUACUACCGAGAUGGAUGGAAAUACGUAAAUGGAACAACUUCAAAUGGAAUAUACGAUACUUGGCUGGGGGAUAUGCCUCAAGAAAACAGUCCUGAAAGCCUGAACUACUCACAGCUAGUAAUGAACAGCGACGUUUGGUUAGCCCUAAACCCAUUUUCACUCAAAGUUUUAAAGACUACCGAUCUGGAAGCAUUGAGAAGUCAGACUGAAAUCAACUGCGGCCAAAGAAUUCUGAAUUCUACUAACUGUUAUCCACUGAAGGCUCCUUGCCUAUUCCAUUUAAAAGAAGAUCCUUGCGAAAUGAGUAACGUAGCACAUUUAGAACCCAAUACGAUGAAAGAUAUGGAGAAAAGACUUAAUGAACUCCAGGAUAGUGCUGUUACACCAGGAAAUGUUCCAGUUGACUUAAAUGCUGAUCCAGCUUUAAAUGAUUUCCUAUGGACUUGGUGGCUAGACAAAUAGUCAUGAAAAUGCUUAAUUUAUGUAAAAAUAUGUCUUUAAAUGUUAUUAAAACAAUUAAAGCAGUAAGACAGGUAAAAUAAAGUUGUUAAUAAAAUUCUAAAAA